GUAGCAGGGCGUCCGGUUCUGUGUUAGCUGUAGGGAGCAUGUGGGUCUCCGGCUUGCUGUCCCGGGCGCGAACCCCAGCCAGGCUGCUGCGGGAUGUGCUCCCCGCUUCGGGCCGCCGUGGGCCUGCCAUCUCCUCCUACUCCGCAUCCGCCGAGCCGUCCCGGGUCCGGGCGCUCGUCUAUGGGCACCACGGGGAUCCACCCAAGGUCGUCGAACUGAAGAACCUAGAGCUGGCUGCUGUGGGAGGAUCAGACGUCCAUGUGAAGAUGUUGGCGGCCCCUAUCAAUCCAUCUGACAUAAAUAUGAUCCAAGGAAAUUAUGGCCUCCUUCCCAAGCUGCCUGCUGUUGGUGGGAACGAAGGUGUUGGACAGGUGGUGGCCGUGGGCAGCGAUGUAACUAGUUUGAAGGCAGGAGACUGGGUGAUUCCAGCAAAUGCCGGUUUGGGAACCUGGCAGACCGAGGCUGUGUUCAGCGAGGAAGAACUGAUGAGGGUUCCAAGUGACAUCCCUCUUCAGUGUGCUGCCACCCUGAGUGUCAAUCCCUGUACGGCCUACAGGAUGUUGAUGGACUUCGAGCAGCUGCAGCCAGGGGAUUCUGUCAUCCAGAAUGCAUCCAACAGUGGAGUGGGACAAGCAGUCAUCCAGAUCGCCGCAGCCUUGGGCCUGAGGUCCAUCAACGUGGUCCGAGACAGACCUGACAUCCAGAAACUAACUGACAGACUGAAGAAUCUGGGGGCCGAACAUGUCAUCACAGAGGAGGAGUUAAGAAGGCCUGAAAUGAAAAACAUCUUUAAGGACAUGCCCCAGCCACGGCUUGCUCUCAACUGUGUCGGUGGGAAGAGCUCCACAGAGCUGCUGCGGCAGUUAGCGCCUGGAGGAACUAUGGUGACCUAUGGGGGGAUGGCCAAGCAACCCGUCAUAGCCUCGGUGAGCCUGCUCAUUUUUAAGGAUCUCAAACUUCGGGGCUUUUGGAUGUCCCAGUGGAAGAAAGACCACAGUCCAGGAAAGGACCAGGCUGCUUCCACAGCCACACCAUCCUUGGCAAAGCCUGGACUCUCAAAGCUCCAAGGGAACUCAGUGCCCACUCCUGCCCCCAGUCUUCACCAAGCCCCAGCAGCUAUUCCCCUGUCUGACUUCCUCCAACCUCCCACAGACCAGUUCAAGGAAAUGAUCCUUACACUUUGCGAUCUCAUCCGCCAAGGCCAGCUCACAGGCCCUGCCUGCACCGAGGUCCCACUACAGGACUACCAGCGUGCCCUGGAAGCCUCCAUGAAGCCUUUUGUGUCUUCAAAACAGAUUCUUACCAUGUGAUCAUCCCAGAGGAUGCAGAGCAAAGUGGGAGGGGAGGCAAGUCAGCAGGACUGGUUACAGGACCCUCAGUCAGGGCCCAGCCCUCCCCAGACUGCUCCUCCCUCAUUGCCUCUUUGUCUUAGGGAGUACUGUGCAGCCAGCCACCACUUUCCCCAGGGUCAGCCUCAGGGUACCUAAUAAAAGUCUGAACUUCCUAAAAAUAAAAAAAAAUUCAAACUA